AUGUCUAUAGAGGUCAAGAGCGUGAAUAUCCCCAACAUUGCGUGGGAGACGGCCGCCGAUAUCCACUUCCCACCAAACUUCGACAAGAGCAAGAAAUAUCCAGCCGUUGUAUCAGCCCACCCAAUCGGAUCCUGCAAGGAGCAGACGUCGGGAAAUAUCUAUGGCAAGGCUAUGGCUGAGGCAGGCUUUGUGGUUGUUGCCUUCGACGCGUCUUUUCAGGGCGCUUCGGGGGGUAAACCUCGCUUCAUCGAAAAUCCUGAGUUCCGUGUCUCUGAUUUCCGCUUCGUUGUCGACUAUAUCCAGACGCUUCCCUACGUAGACCCUGAGCGCAUCGGUGUGCUCGGAAUCUGCGGUGGUGGCGGUUAUGCUUUCAACGCGGCCAUGACUGAUUACCGCUUCAAAUGCUGCGUCGGUAUCACACCUGUCAACUUCGGCCGCCUUUCUCGCGAAGCCUUUGGCAACUUCGACCCUGCUGGCUCCCUCGAGAAGAUGGCCAAUCAACGCACCCUCGAGGCUCAAGGUGCCAAGCACUUUGUCAUCGACUACCUCCCUCCGUCGGUCACUGAAGCUAAGAAGACAACCACCGACAUCGAUGUCAUUGAGGCCACCGAAUACUAUAAGACCGCUCGCGGCCAGGCGACUCAUGGUGCUACCAGUGGCCUCUUUUCGUUCAACAGCGCUGCGCUCGCAUGGGAUGCCUUCAAUCACGCAGAAGUACUCAUGACACGACCUUUCAUCGCUGUUGUUGGCGACCAGCCUGGGGGCUUUGGCGCAUACCGUGACGCCCAAGAAAUUCACGGACGUGCUGGGUCCAAGGACAAACGUAUUGUCGUUCUUCCCGGCAUCUCGCACUACAUGCUCUAUGAUAAGCCUGAAGCCGUCAAGCCUGCGCUCGAUGAAGUCCUUCCAUUCCUUAAAAAGCACCUAGGUGAGGCCUAA